AUGAUCGCAAUUUGGCACCCCUUCUUCGCAGCCGACUCGAUUACAUCGAUCUCCAAUCUUGGCCUCAGAAUUAAUGAUUUCCCAGACGAUUAUCCGUGGGCGAGGAUUCCCAGCUCCUUCCGACUCCGCACACUAACUAACGCGUACCCUUUACAGGCCUCGAGGACGCGAGUUCGAGCGAUCCAACGGCUCGAAGCAUCAUAUACGCCCAUUGAAUACGCCACUUAA